AUGGAAAAGCUAUAUAUUGAGCAGAUCACUAAAUAACAGGAGCAAAUCGAUGAACAAUUGAAACAAGCUCAAAAUCAGUAAUGUAGAGAUUGAGAUCAAUUUAGAUGUUGAGUAUGUUUCAUCUAAGUUGGAUGACAUUCUUAAAUUUCAAUAGCAGGAGAAUUCAAGUUUGCAAUCAUCAAAGCAAUUGACUUUGCCGAUUGAAGAACUGGUGGCUUUAUCAAAGGAGUUGGAUGGGAGGUUCUAGAGAUCGAUUAGGUAGCUUCAGAUGAAGUAGGUAUCAAGUGUUUAGUAGAUGAGAGGACUAAUUGGAGAUUGAGCAGAGUUCAUGGAAGAAUUAAUUGAGAGAGAAGGAGCAGCAACAAUUAUUAUAGUUGGAAUAAGAGAAGAGUCAGAUUGAUAAGUAAUUCAAGGAAAGAUUGAGGACUAUUCAUAUGAAAUGA